CUAUCUGGCCAUGUACGUCACGCUGACUCACUUCAUGACAGCAGAGGUUAUAUCACAUCACACUGAUCAACACUAAACUUCAUCUAACAUCAUUUCUGAGAGCAGCAGACACUGACACCGGCAUGAAACCGCUUCAAGCUUUUAUUCCUCUCAGACCCCGCUGUUAGAGCCGCUUACUGGAAGACAAAACUGCUUCAGAGGAAACUCGGACACAGUUCCAAUUUGGUUUUAAAUAUGUCCUGUUCAUGCAGACCUGCAGUGAGGGUGAUUAUAAAGUCAGUUCAUAAAGGUUUUUCCCGUUCACGUGUUCAGCUCUUCAGCCACACUAGAGCAGCGUGUGAUGAAGUUCAUCUUCCUCCGUUUGUGCGCGUGAGAUCGUUUUCACAGACAGCUGUGUGUUUCUCCUCUAAAGACAGCACACCCAGAGACGGCGAUGGCGGAAAGAAGGGUGCGGGUGAGGCGGGUGGAAAGCGGGCGUCAGGCGCUGCAGGUUCAGGGAAAGGUGGCAGUCAACUGAGAUGUCCGAAAUGUGGAGAUCCUUGUACACACGUGGAGACUUUAGUGUCCUCCACACGGUUUGUGAAAUGUGAAAAGUGCCAUCAUUUCUUCGUGGUUCUGUCUGAGACGGACUCUAAGAAGGGUUUGAAUAAGGAAGCGGAGAGCUCGGAGCAUGUUAAAUAUGCAUUAGCUCAGAAACACCCUCCAUCUCCUAAAAAGAUUUAUGCCUACCUCGACAAAUACGUUGUUGGCCAGUCAUACGCCAAGAAAGUGUUGGCAGUUGCCGUCUAUAAUCAUUACAAACGGAUCUACAACAACCUCCCGGCAGCAGGCCGACAGCAAGCGGAAACAGAGAAACAGAGUCCCCUCUCUCCCAGAGAGUUAGAGAUCAGAAGACGUGAAGAUGAAUACAGGUUUACAAACCUCCUUCAGAUCGCUGGCAUCAGUCCCAAUGGCAACGCUCUGGGUGCGUCUGUGCAGCAGCAGACCAAUCAGCAAGCUCCUCAAGACAAAAGGGGCAGGGACGUGCUUGACUCCGCCCACACUGAUAUUAAGCUGGAAAAGAGCAACAUUGUGUUGCUGGGACCUACUGGAUCAGGUAAAACUCUGCUGGCCCAGACCCUGGCUAAAUGCUUGGAUGUGCCCUUCGCCAUCUGCGACUGUACCACCCUGACGCAGGCGGGCUAUGUAGGCGAGGACAUAGAGUCUGUUAUUGCCAAACUUCUGCAGGACGCCAACUAUUCAGUCGAGAAAGCGCAGCAAGGCAUAGUGUUCCUGGAUGAGGUGGAUAAGAUUGGCAGUGUGCCUGGAAUUCAUCAGCUGAGAGAUGUCGGGGGCGAAGGAGUUCAGCAGGGUUUGCUGAAAUUGCUUGAGGGAACAAUUGUUAAUGUUCCAGAGAAGAACAGCAGAAAGUUGAGAGGAGAGACCGUACAAGUGGAUACAACCAACAUUUUGUUUGUGGCAUCAGGUGCUUUCAAUGGGCUGGACAGGAUCAUCAGCUGUAGGAAAAAUGAAAAGUAUCUUGGUUUUGGGACUCCUUCUAACCUGGGCAAAGGGCGUCGAGCUGCAGCAGCUGCAGAUCUGGCCAACAGCUCAGGAAAUGAUGUGGAUGCAAUGGCAGAGAUUGAGGAAAAGGACCGGCUCCUGCGGCUUGUUGAAGCACGGGACCUCAUCGAGUUCGGCAUGAUCCCAGAGUUUGUGGGCCGUCUGCCUGUGGUGGUGCCACUGCACAGUCUGGAUGAAGAGAUGCUGGUGCAGAUCCUUACAGAGCCUCGUAAUGCAGUGAUCCCUCAGUAUCAGGCCCUCUUCAGUAUGGAUAAAUGUGAGCUGAAUGUAACCCCAGAUGCAUUACGCGCAAUCGCCCGUUUUGCACUGGAACGGAAGACAGGAGCCAGGGGUCUCCGCUCCAUCAUGGAGAAGCUCUUGCUGGAGCCCAUGUUUGAGGUGCCUCAAUCUGACAUCACUGCUGUGGAACUGACAAAGGAGGUGAUCCAGGGCAAAUGUGGACCACGUUACAUUAGGUACAGGUUUUUACAGUUUUUCAUUAGUCAUAAAGCUGAAGCAACAAAAUUAAGGCUUUGAACUAA